CCCGAUUCAGAAACCGGUAUGUAAAAAUACCCGCGUACCCAAAGUUAAAUCUAAAACCGCAGCUUCUGAAAUAGAAUCACUGCGCUCAUUUCGUGAUUUUCUUCUCUGUUCAAGUCACAGCAAUUUCAACAUUCCAGUUUUCCCCAUCUCAAUUGGCCAAACGCAAGGUUGCUGGGUAUCCCACCGUGUAAACAAAAACACAUGCUUAAUGGUAGAGUAGAGGACUCUGCCUGAUCCUUAUCUUAGAGAAUAGAUUGAAAACAAAGGAAUUCAAUGGAUACUGUAAGAAGCCUGAAAAUCAAGACGAGUACCUGCAAACGACUUGUGAAGGAGCUGCAUUCUUAUGAAAAGGAAGUUGAGAGAGAAGCUGCCAAAACAGCUGAUAUGAAGAACAAAGGAGCUGACCCUUAUGAUCUCAAGCAGCAGGAAAAUGUGCUGGGUGAGUCAAGGAUGAUGAUUCCUGACUGCCGCAAGCGUUUGGAGGCCGCUUUGGAAGACUUGAAAGGAAUAUUGGCCGAGUUGUUGAAUGAGACUGAUAAAAAGGAAAGCCCUGAAAUUGAUGAAGCUCGAAACACCAUUGUGGAAGUUGAAAAGGUAUUUGAAACAAUUGAAGCUUAGGAAGGCAGUUACACCAGUGUAUGCGGUGGACGAUAUUGUGCCUGUAUUAUAUAGUUUCUCCUUGAUCUUCAAAAUUUGAUCGAUGCUGAAAAAGUUUAUGAAACUUGUGACAUUUAACCUUAUAUAUACUUAAGUAUGACAUCGAUUUACUUUUCUAAGCUGGAUAGCAUCAUAUUAUUUGAGAAAGUUUUUUUA